CCUAAUCAAAUGACACUAGUAGGAAACUCACAGAAGCGAAACGUCAGACGAAGAAUAUUGUCCACAAACACAUGCAACUUGUUGAACGCGUAGAAGCAAGAGACAAGAAAACUUACGUAUUCUAGAGCCUGUUGCGAUUAAACCUCGAACGAAGAGUGUCUGACAGCAGCGAUGGAUGACACACUUUCAGAACUAUUGACGUGUCCAAGUUGUUCCGAGAUGUUCGACAACACCUUAGAUAUCAAGCAACCGAAGGUUCUCCCGUGUCAGCAUGUAUUCUGCCUCGGUUGCCUACAAGGUUUAAAUCUCGAGAAGAGAACCUUAGACAGUGGUCUGGACCUAAGCCUCUCAGAAACCUCUCCAUCCCCAUUUGACGAGAGCCUCCAGGCCCUUUAUUGUCAAUGUCCAAGUUGUAGCAAGAAACAUCGCGUACCACAUGAUGAUGUAAGCAAUUUUGAUAACAGCAUUGUCCAUGAUAAACUUCUUGAGAGCUGUAAGACCAAGAAGCUUCAUACCCAGGAGCCGCGGUCUGAAACCGACGAAUUGAUAACUUUCUUGAAAAGAGCUCAAAGUAAACUUCAGAAAAAAAUUGGAUCGUUCGAUGCAAAAUUCAAACAGAAACUUGUCGAUUUGCAAAGUUACUGCGAUGCUAACAAAGAAGAAGUAAAAGCAAAAAUGGAAGAACUUGUAGAGGUAAUCCACAAGACAGAGGCAAGUCUAUUCAAAGAAAUUGAUAAAUACCACGAAACGGAGGAAAAGAAACUAAAGGACACACAUGAAGCCGCGCUGGAACGCGUCAAGCAUGCAAAAGAACUCUCGGAAAAUGUCAACGAAGCGCUGACGGGCUCGCAGCCGAAAACUGCUGUGCAUCUGACGAAAGUUCUUGGUGACACGUUAUCCACGUGUGAUGAUAUCGAAGGCCUAACUGAAAACGUUCCAGACCCAUCUUUAUCUAGCUUUGAGUGCAAUAUUGAAGAUCUUAAACAGUCGAUUACAUCACUUGGAGGAGAAACCAACGUGGAGAUGAAUCCGGACGAAAAAGAGUUCUCGAAAGGUCAGGAAGAGAACGAUAAACAAGAAGAGGUGCUUCAAUGCAAAGCCGAGGAGUUGAAGGAGGCCGUUCUAGUUAAAGAUAUUAAUGAUCCCUUACCGGCAUACCCUAUACUAUCCGUUAACAGUAAAUGGGCCACUUAAUGAUCUGUCACCCACAUUGAAGGAUGUAGUUAGGAAAUUGAAAGAUGUUUUCAGGAAGUUUUAACAUUGUAAAUCGCUUAAUUUGACUUGUUUUCUUCCUAUAGUCUAGUUACUGAAACGUAUGACCUUUGUAUCUAGUAUGUAUUAAUGCCUCAAAUUCGUGGUAUUUUGUGACAUGUUUAUGAUCUGCGGCUACUUGAUAUUAUUUGUUCGUAUCAUUUCAACUACGUAUUCCACAGAAGAAAAAUGUCAUAUGUUCUAAUCAUUAUAAAUGGACAGAGAAGUCAUAAUUACGUUUAAUAUCACUUUUUAUCUCUUCUUUCUGUUGACUCAAUAAAUACGUAUCAAAAUUUAAUUUGUU